AUGGGUCACCCGAUCGGCUGCGCAUUCGACAAAAACGAGAGGUCGAUCAUGCUGGCAAUAGUUGGAGGAAAUCUCAUCGACGGCUCCGGCGGACCGGUGAUGAACAACGUGACGGUGCUGAUCGACGGAGAUCGCAUCCUGGAGGUCGGCCCACAGGCGGCAGUGCCCAUCCCCGAAGGCGCCGAGGUGCUCGACGCCAGCGGUCAUACGGUAAUGCCCGGCCUCAUUGACGUGCACGACCACCUGGCCUCGGGAGGAUACGGACUCACCGGCCGUUGGGGCAUGGACGAACCGCUGUCCCUGUCCAACAUCAGAACCGCCCAGGUCAUUGAGGACACGCUGGCCGCCGGCUACACCACGGUGCGCGACGCGGGCGGCCUGGACGCCGGGUUCAAAAUGGCCGUGGAGCAGGGCUUGAUCAAGGGGCCGCGCCUCAUCAUCUCGGUGAACAUCAUGUCUCCUACCGGCGGGAUCGAGGACAAGGUGAGCGGUAGCGGCCACCGCAAGGUAAUCCUGGGCCACGAUCCUCUUUCGCCGGACGGCGUCGCCGACGGCGCGGAGGGAGUACGGGCCAAGGUACGCGAACUGGUCCGCUGCGGCGCCGACCAGAUCAAGUUUGCGACCACCGGAGGCGCCUCCGGCCGCCCCGGCAACGGUCCACUGGACCAGGCUUACGCGCUGGAUGAGGCGAAAGCGUUGGUUGAUGAAGCCGCAGCCAUGGGACGCAGCACGCUCUGUCACGCGGUGGGCGGCACCGGACUCCCCAUCGCCAUCAGGGCCGGAGCCGGUUCAAUCGAGCACGGGUGCUACUUGGCCACAGAUCCCGACAUGCUCAAGAUGAUGGCCGACCAAGGGACCUUCUUCACUCCGACGUUCGAGGUGUACGACUUCCACAGCACGGUCAGCGCUCCCCACAUCAAAGUGCGCGCGGAGGCGCUGAUGGAGAUCCACAUCCGGAGCACUGAACUUGCCAUCAAGGAAGGGGUCCGCAUCGUCGCUGGCACCGACGCUGGUGGAUUCGUGCACGGCGACAACGCCCGCGAACUGGAACUGAUGGUAGAAAAGGGCAUGAGCAACAUGCUGGCCAUCCAGUCCGCCACCGGCUACGCCGCCGAAUGCUGCGGGAUUGGGAAGGAGGUCGGAACCAUCGCAGCCGGCAAGCAGGCCGACGUGUUGGUGGUGGACGGCGACCCGCUACAGAACAUAUCCGUCCUGCGCGACCGCGAGCGCUUGCUCCUGAUCAUGAAGGGCGGCGAGGCCUACUCCAAUCGCCUGGCAGCACGGGAAUUGCAGCCCGCCUAG